AUGCAGCGUACGCCUUGUGUCGUAACACUUUACGCCCAACGGUGUAAUUGUCGAUAACGCGUAAAUAUGAUAUAAUUAACCGAAAUAUAAAGCUGUGGCUUUGUCUUCCAUUCAACACGAUUCAACCGCGCUUCGUUCAAAUGGCUCCCCCUACUGGACACACGGCGGUACCGCUAGCGCUGCACUUCCUGAAGUGCAACAUAAUCGGGAUUGCGUUUUGAAUUUUUGAAUCCACAUCGAAGUAUAUGUUUUGGGAGAGGACGCAGUCAUGGAGACCGUUUACACCCAGGGCAUUUGGAUGGCCGAACGUCUGCAACAGAGGACGAUGAGUCAAGAAAACAUGUGGCAGUUAGUCACUCAUAUUGGAGAUCCUAAAGCAGCCUUUCUGCUCGUCUUCCCUUUCACGUAUUUCAUCAGCAAACGAGCUGGAGUAGCGGUGCUUUGGGUAGCAGCUAUUUCGGAGUGGUUGAACUUGGUGUUUAAAUGGAUGCUGUUUGGAGAACGGCCGUACUGGUGGAUAGCUGAGUCACGUCUCUUCAUCAACAACCAACCCAACAUUCACCAGUUUUCCUCCACUUGUGAAACCGGCCCAGGGAGUCCGUCGGGACAUGCGAUGGUGACGGCAGCAGUCUGGUGGGUCGUGGUGUCCUCGCUGGGGUCAUACCUCCACUCACGCACUCACAGUGUGAUGCUAUCAGCGGCUCCCUACCUGCUCUAUGUGGUGAUGCUGGUGGCCGUUGGAAUCUCCAGGAUCUUCAUCCUCGCACACUUCCCUCACCAGGUCAUCGCUGGCUCCAUUACAGGUUUCAUUCUGGGGAUUUUUCUGAGCCGCAGAGUCCCAGAAGGGCGCCCCCUGCUGUUCUUCUUCAGCCUAAGCGUCGGGCUGCUGCUCGGCACCGUGAUGCUGCACGCCGGACUGCGGCAGCUGGGAAUCGAUCUCUCCUGGUCUAUUGCUUUGGCCAAGAAAUGGUGCAGCCGCGCAGAGUGGGUUCGCCUGGACUCUGCCCCGUUCUCCUCUCUGACCCGAGACUGCGGGGCCCUCCUGGGACUGGGGCUGGCCCAGUACUGGAAGCCCGGCGGGUGGCCCCUGCGUUUGGCUCCCAGGGCUUUGUCUCUGGCCAUUUCGUCCAUGGGACUGUACCACGUCAAUCGAUUGCCGCUGCCGGUCCGACCACCAGGACUCUUCUACGGGCUUUUCUUUGUCAAAUUUGUCAUGGUGCCUCAGGUUGUGAUGGUGCUUGUGCCCGGGCUGGUUCACCUGGUCACUCACAGGAGGAGGAACGACUAAGAGCGAUCGUCCGCCUUCCACCCCUCCACGAACAAUCGCGUCCUCCUCAGCACCUUAAAUGUCCAUUCCAAGCGCUUCAUGGUCGUGUUGAGGAUGUCGUUAGUUUCACCACAUUCACUUUAGUUUCUUACUAUGUGGCUGGAAAGUGUAAACGCAAAAUGCUGUAGGUGGAAAUUACAUGUGUCUUAGAUGUGGGGAUUGUAUUUCUUUUACAUUUACAGUAAAUGUAAAUACUGCAGUAAUAAGCGUUAAUACUUUGUUUUGGUGGGAAAAGUGCAAUUUUGAGCCAUUGCAGAAAAAUAGAACUUAAUAUUAUUUUAAUUGUUAACGUUAACCAGGGAAGGUCAAACCAGGGCCGGAUUCCAUUGGUCAAAAAACGGACCCCCUAAUGUCUAUUUCCUACGGUUCCUUGACCUUUGCAGAAAAUGUCAUUUUUUCACUUCAAUCACAGGAAUUCAUCAGAUUUCUUGUAGUUUUGUUGGAUACUUACUUGUAAACUGACUAACGUCGCCAUUAAUAGCUUUACAAAAUGCUAUAAACAUAUAUAUAAAUGUUGUUUUGUUGACCACAAAUAAUCCAAAAGAAGAAAACUACAUGUGCAUGUUAUAAAAAAAGUAUUCUUUAAAAGAAAUGAUUGACAUGCAGGGAAUGUUUCAGUUUGUAACCAUUUAUAAAUAUGUUUCUUUUUUUUGUCUCCAAUACAUAGGUUUGACUGUACAGAUUACAAUCAGUUAUGAGAUAAAAACACAUUCUUUUAUUAUUGUUUUUUUAUCACAGCGACCUGAAAGCUCACAUUUACAGACAAGAGAACUCUGCUCAGCAAGCAAAUACAUUAAAAUAAAAUAAAA